CUUACAACCGGAUGCGAUUUUUAAAAUGUCAAAUUAUUUAAUGUUAUACUCUGAUGUUGUUAGGCGAUAAUGCGUGUUUACAGUUUAAAGGAGACAGUGGUGGAAUCCGUUGAUGAAGUAGUAAGAUUGGGAGUAAAGUGGGACCAAUUAGCUCAAACGUGACUGCGUUUGGAGCCACGAUACUAAGAGACAAAAGUGGGUAUGUAAAAUAAAAUGCCGCCACCCAUUUGUGGUCAAGUUUAUGUUUGUAGUUUAUUGCAAAGAGACUGGAACAGCUCUCGGAAACACAGGACGAUUUAUCGCUGAAUCAGCACAUGUUUUACACCACUAACGCAGUCCUCCCUGGGCUUCCGGUCUACUCUGCUGCUAGGCUUUCUGGGGCCAGUCUCCAGGAAUAGCUUACUUUAGGGCUUCUCAUUUUGAGAAGUAAGGAGGAGCGCCGAUUGAUUCGGUGCACAGUGCUGCUCUCAAAAUGAAGAAGAUACUGAUAAACUUUUCCAAGAAGAUGCGAACAGGCACGCCGGACAGUGGCUGUGUACUCUCUGCGGGAUACGAUGUGACUAAAGGGGAGCUGAAAAACAUCCACAAGGCAGCCUGGAAGGGCAAUUUUGCCAAGAUUGAGCGUCUGGCCAAGAGCAGUGACAUCAACAAGGUCGACCAGCAGAACAGGACGCCACUUCACCUCGCUUGUGCCAAUGGACAUGCCAGAGUGGUGAGAUUCCUUGUGGAGAAAAAAGCCAACCUCAAUUUAGGCGAUAACCACAAUAGGACCGCUCUAAUGAAGGCGGUGCAAGGCCAGCAUGAGCAAUGUGUGAACAUUCUCCUGGAAAACAAUGCAAACCCCAACCUGAUGGACAGAGAUGGCAACACAGCUUUACAUUUGGCAUCAAGCUUCUCAUCCAUCUCCACUGUUAUCUUGCUCUUGAAGAAGGGUGUUGAUAUUGAUCCUACAAAUCUGGAAGGUCUUUCACCCCUGGCAUUGGCAGUCCAAGAAGACUAUGUAAAAAUGGCAGAGUUUCUGCUGAAUAAAGGUGCUGAUGUUAAUCUUUUGGACAACCAUCAAAGGUCCCCAUUGAUGAUAGCUGCCGCCAAUGAGUGUGUCGACAUGGUGCGACUGCUCCUGCAGUUUGAUGCAGAUACCACGCUGACCGAUAACACAGGGAAAUCAGCUGAGGACUACGCUGAGACGAAUCAGCCUUGUGCCCUCCUUAUCAUCGAGCACGAUGCCCAGAGCAGCCAGGCGAACUGCUCACCUCGCCCAUGUUCAAGUAAACAGACGACACUGAAAACUGGCAUUGCUGCAGCAGAACCAUUCCUUGGCAUCCAGUUUUCUAUUCCAAAACCUACACAUGCUCAGAUCGAGAACCAAAUCCAACAAGAAGAAAACAAAUGUGAAGGAGAACACCAGAAACAAACUGACCUGAUGGAAGAGCUUGGUUUGGGAGCGUUUGAUAGUAUUCCAGAUUCAUCAGACGCUGACACAUCUAGUAAUUCCAGCAGGAGAAGUCUGCCUGUGUGCACUGAAGGUUCUCCGCCCAAAGAAGUUCAAGAGCGCUCCAGUCCCUCUGCUGAGCAGAUAGCAGCUGUGAUUCCGGAAGCAAUGGGCUCAGAUGGUGCACUACCUGCUUGCCGAGCUCCACAUCCUCAGACCUUAAUGAUGAUUAUGCAAGAGAGUGAUGAAGAAUCAAUUUGGGACCAAGACAGUUCAUCUUCAUCAUGCGGCGAGACCAACGAUGACAAUCAGCAGCCUCAGGCAACACCUGGAGCAGACUUCCCUGAACCAGCAAGAGAGGAAAAAGGUAAUUUGCAAUCUGACGAGCAGCAGGUGCACGAAGAGGAGACAAAGACCCAGGAGCUGUCCAAAAAAGUGGACAAAAGUGAAGGAAAAUCCAUCUUCAGUAAUAUUUUUGGAGCAAUAAAGGGUACUCUUGGCAAGCCGUCCAAACCAGAAACCAAUCCAGAAGAAAAGCAGGUUGGUUCAUCCUCUUCUAAAGAAGAUGCAAUUGAUAUGGAGGAAGGGCAAACCAGACAACUUUCACCUGAAGGAAAGAACAGGGUCCUCUUCGACGAACACAAACAGGGUGAUUUUGAGUGUGAAGCCUCUGUUGACAACUCCAUGAGCAAGGAGAAGAAACCGUUUGUUAGUCUGUCCCCUGUCCCCCAAUUUCAACAACCCCAAGAACCCCUCCCAAGUGAGGAGAAACCAUCUUUUAGUCUGUCCUCUCUCCUCCUGUUUAAAAAACCUCAAGAACCCCUCCCAAGUGAGGAGAAACCGUCUGUUUGUCUGUCUCCUGUGCCCCUGUUUCAACAACCCCGUGAACCCCUCCCAAGUGAGUCGCCACAACCCCGCUCAGCGAAGAAGGAGAAUAUUGCUGAAUGUGUCACACCUGUGCCUUGCCACAACCAACAGAUGAGCAUUAAUCAAAAAGAACUUGAGGCUGCCCAAAGGACUACUAAGAUUGUUUCAAUGACAAGUCCCAAUGUUUCCUCUGACACGAGCGGAAGUUCAGAGGAAGCAGCCGAAGCAGAUGAGGAACCUGUAAGGUUGAGUCAAACAGAAGCCUCUCGUCAAGUAGAGAAACCAGUAACCUCUGAGAGGGGGUUGGUGCAAUCGUCACUCGCAGGUCAGCUCAUCUUUGAUCUCAUCAGACCUGGGGGACAGUCUUUAGAGGAGUGCUCACAGCUGACAAUGGUUAGCGAAGCAUGUUGCAUUCCCAAGAGCAGUUAUGGAAUCAACAAAGAUCUUGAGUUUGACAACACUCUGAAUGAUCUGUCGGAAGAUGACACAAGCAGGUGGCAGAUAAAAAGACAGAACACUACCUUAAACACUGAAGAGUUUUUUGAAGAUACAGAUGAGUUAAUUUCGUCAUCAGAGGAGACUCUUGCCAUCGUGCAGAAGCUGGAGGAAGCCACUGCAGACUCCAUAAGUAAGAAGAAGGUGCAGGACAUGUUCCAUGAGCGCUCUGUUCGAAAAGAAAAAGGCCAUCAGGUCUUAGUUACAGAAAAGCUGCAACAACAACAUAUUUGUGCUCUGGAGGAAAAGAAUUUGCAGUUGGAAAGCGAAGUUGCACACUUGUCACUUCAGCUGAAACGGAAUCAAGAAACUGUCAUGCUGUACAGAAGCGCCAAAGAGAAGCUCGAAGAGGACCACAAACCCAGCCAAAUGCAAUGGCCUCUAGAUCGCAACAGGCUGAACACGAUGCUGCACCAGUCAAACUGUGAGAAGAUCAAAUUUCAAGAAAUACAGGAGGAGUACAAAAAAAGCAAAGAUAAUGAGGAGCAUCUCAGGACAGAACUUGAGCACUUACAGGCGAACAGCAACAGCAGACAGACAGACCUGGUUAAGGAGAACGAGUCCCUCAAGGAACAGCUGGAAGACGUUCUGCAAGAUCUCAAACUUGCCAAUGACAACCAGAACCAUAGUGAAUUGGAUUGGAACGCUAAAAUUCAGGAGUUAAUGUGUGCAGAGGCACUAGCAAAAAACCUCCUAGAGAAAGAGCAGAAGGCUUGUGAAGUCUUGUUGGCAGAGACCCAAGCUAUCCGCUCCAGCCUGGCUGAGGUGGAGCAAGCUCGGUCAGACUUGGAGAAAGCUCUGCACCUGGAAAAGGAGGAACGCCAUCGGCUUGAAAGUGAAGCCCACAGUCAUCGUGAAGUAGUCACCAAGCUGUACCAGAAGUUGACCAAGGUGAAAGCAAAUGCAGGCAACCAGGAGAGCGAAGUACGUAAAUUAGAGGUCCAAAUAGCAGAGAAGACCCUCCAUCUGAACGCGGUGCAGCAUGAAAACGACCAGAUAGGUGCACGCGUUAAAGAGCUGGAAGCAGCUCUGCAGGCUGAGAAGGAGGUGGCCACUCGAACUGUUGCUCGGCAGGGGUCCACUCAGGAGCUCCUAAACCAAGCCCAGAAUGAUAGCAAGUUGUUCCAGCAACGGCUAGAGGAGGCCCAAAACAAAGCCAUUGCGAACGAGAAGGCUUUAACAGAUGCCCAGAAGUCUUUCAACGACAGUUUUUCCAAGCUUCAAGCCGACCGUGAUGACAGAUUACAACAAAUGCAGGAAAAAAAUAAGGAGCUUGCCAGUAAGGCAGCUGAAAAUGAAAAUCAUAUUCGCAAAUUAGAGCAGGAGAAAAACGAAAAGCAGACUUAUCAAAGGCAAAUGCAGCAGGAUAUGGCUGAAAUGUCAAAGAACCUGUCAAAGUGUGAAGCUUCUCUGGAGAUUGCGACAACAUAUCGUAGGGAUUUGGAGGAGGAGAAGGCUCGGCUAAUCAAAGAGAUCGACAAACUUAAAGGAAAGCUGGAGGAAAGAGAAGCUCAAUGCUUUCAAGCUGAGAGGAACAAAAAUGAUCGAAUGAUCCAAAUGGAUGAAAGAGAGAAAGAAAUCAGCGUUGCCGCUCGGAAACAGAAAGAAGCGCAGGCUGCCGCGGACGCCUCCAAUGACAUUGUCCAACAGUUAGAAGAGACGACGCAUAGGCUGGAGAUCGAAAACAUCAGGCUCAAGGCUUCUGCAAAUCAACACUGCCACAAAUUUGAAGCACUUCAAAAAGUCGCUCAGGAGGACGCAAGGAUCAGAGUUCAGUUGGAGGAGUUGGUGACAAAUCUUCAAAGCAGUAAAAUUACUUUGGAAGACCAACUUAACAAAGAGGUACAGAGGCAAAGCCUGCUGACUAGUAACGCCCAAGACAGUCAUGCCAUGUGGAAGGAGGAGAUGAAGAGCCGUUCCAAGUUAGGGCUGCGUUUUGCAGAGCUUGAAAAGGAACAGAAGGAGCUGAACAACCAGGUGGAAUUGGAGAUGAAGAAAACAGAGAACAUACAAGAGCAGAAGAGGGCGGUUGACUUGCGGCUGGAACAAGAGAUGAAAAGAAACUCAGAUCUUCAAAAAGAAAUGUACAGGUUACAAUCGCUACUUAAAACAGCCAAGAGGAAACUGCAAGAUCACCAAACAAGUGGUGUGGAAAAAGAAAAGAUAUACCACCAGCUCAACGAGCUUCAGGCAGAGUUGGAGAGAGAGAUGUCAUCUCGCGGUCAGUUAGAGAAGAUUAAGAGGCAGCUGGAGGAAGAGGUGAUCAGUCUGAAACGCAGCCAAGAACCCCCUGGGGACGUGGGUGCCCAGGCUCCAACAGGCAAUGCGUUGAAUACACAGGGCGCCCAAAACUGCCAAUGCUCAAAAAAACUCAGCCCUGUUACCUGCACUGUGGAGGACUACCUGAACAAGAUGCGUCAAGACUUGGAAAUUGCCAUGUCAAGAGAGUUAGGCAUGCGUGAGUACUCGAAUGAAGCAAAACACUGGGUGUAUCCGAAGUCUGGCCCGAGGGCCAAUUCCUUGGUGAGACUGGACAAAUCUUCGGGACGCAUGUCGCCUGUCAGCAGGGCAAGGCAGGAGUAUGCUAAUAUACUCAAAAGGAACCAUGAGGUGUAAACCCUUGGGAAGCUAAUACCUCGCCGGAGGGUUACAACCAAAUUCUACUGUUUCAUGAUAUAAUGUCGUCCAUUUUGUAAGUACUUUCUGCUUUUGUAUUUGUAAUGAAAUAUAUGUCAUCAUAUUGCAAAACCUGUCUAGGUUUUAAAGAUGACCCAAAUAACAAUGUCUCAACAACCAACCAACUUGACAAACGUGUCCUUCCUGAGAACCACAAUAAGACAAACCUCGAAAGCACUUUGGCGUCAUAAAAUAUUGUUUUGUGGAAAAUUCAUGGUACUUGGACUACACAAGAUAAAAACUGCUGUGAAAACAUUAGUGAGCUGUUUCUAAGACGCCAUGAUGAAGAACACUGCGAUAACCCAUACCUUUUAUACUUGUUUUUGGUAACACUUUAGUAUGGGGAACAUAUUGUAAGUAACAGAGACUUAAUUUAGAGUUUUUCGGACACUAGGGGAACAUAUUCUAAGUAACAAAGACUUAAUUUAGAGUUAUUUGGUUAGGGUUAGGGUCAGGGUUAGAGGGUUAGGGUUAUAAUAAGGCCGUGCCGAAUAAGGCAUUAAUAAGUACUUAAUAAUGACUAGUUAAGAGCCAGUAUGUUACUAAUUUGCAUGUUAAUAAGCAACUAAUUAAUGGUGAAUAUGUUCCCCAUACUAAAGUGGUACCAUAUUUUAUUACUGGUGUACAAAAUGAACUGUGCAUGAACAUCACCUUGUUCAAAGAACAAAACCAACACAGUGCAUAAACUCACAACAAAUUACACACCUGCAAAUCAGUGUGACUUCUGCUGUUGCCGUAUCCGUAAUACGCCGAUAGGGAGAGGUUUUUAUUUACACAAUGAGUUGGGUGUGUCUUGACCUCCGCCGAACCCCUGAGCCCGACUCACCGAACCACUAGGGUUCGAUCGAACCCAGGUUAAGAACCACUGAUAUAGACCCAUUUAGAUGAAGAAUGUCUCAUAAUCUUCACGAAGAAACCGGGUGGCGGUGCGGAGGGGAACACGCGUAUUUUCAUGUCGUCCUCUAAAGUUUUGGGUCCUAAAUGGCUGUCAAAGUGUCCCAACUUGUCGGAAUACCUACUCAGAUGUCUCAUGUCCAAGUGAGAUGCAUGAUUAAUGAUCUAUAAUAAACUUACAGGGAGCGAGGAAGCAGCAGACCACUCGAUGAUGUAAACACAGUGAUCACAGCGCCACUAUAAAUAGUCUGUGUUAGCACUUAUAAUAAUAUCACUAAUACUUGGUUAAUAUUUAAGUCACAAAAUUUAUGGCGGUAUUUGAAUGGUUAUUUAUUGGAUUUUAUGGGCAAAAUAGAGGAGCUCCAAUUGACUCCGCUAUAAGCAGACUUUUAUUUUAAUUUACAAGUUAGAAUGCAUAAAAAAAAAAAUCCAUCCGUCAUGUCUUUAAUAAUGAUUGUGAACAAUUGGCAAAAUUCCAAAAAAUAGUGCAGUUUCCCCUUUAAAGGAUAUUUCUCCUCUUAUCCGGGCAGACUUCAUCAGUUCAUGCUCACAGACUUAGGUCAUACACUCUUAGAAAUAAGGGUUCCAAAAGGGUUCUUUUACAAGGGCUGAGGUUCUAACUGGAACCAUUUGCUUCUGAAAAACCCUUUCCCGAAGAAAGGGUUUUUGAAGGGUUCUUGGUAAUGCUAAUGGUUCCAGUAAGAACCAUUUUGAUCCAGAGAACCCUGUAAAACCCCUUUUCUGAAUAAUUGGUUUUAAAAGGGUUCUCACUAACACUAAGGGUUCCAGUAAGAACUAUUUUGAUCCAGAGAACCGUUUUUGGAAGAAAGAGUUCUUCAGGGAUUGUUGAAAGCAUGGGUAAGAUCCUGUGUCACCAGGGACAUACUUCCUGAUAACAUUUGCCAAUAAUGGUGCAAAAUACAUUUCCUUGUGACUACUGAUACAAAUACUUUUCAUAUACAAUUUUUUUGUUUAUUUUAAAGCAAACUCUUCUUCCCCAGAUCCUGUUGAUCAAACUGUAACAUAAUUGCCCAUCUUGGGAUUUGAACACCUGCCACCCAGUCUAAAGUCACUGGCAAUAGUGACUGAGCUAACAAGCUGGCUGCAUUUAGUCAUCAGGUCCACCAUACUAGUCUAUUACCUUACACCUUAUGAUCAGACAUACAAAUAAUGGCAGUCCUAUAACUGAAAUGUUCUGUUACCAAUUUAUUUCCACAACCAUUAAUUAUAAGAAAGCAAGAUCUUCAUCAGCAAAUCUUGUUGACUCAGGCAAAGAUUAGCUGUGACUGGGAGGACCAUUUUUGAAAUCUGCCUUGACAACUGCUGUCUGGCUAGUGAUUCCGUUUGAGAAUCAGCUCAGUGAUUUAGGAGCUGGUUCUUGGUGCCAAAGAACCUGGGUUCAAGCCCUGACAAAGGUGGUGAUGACAGCUCAUGAAAAUGCCAGGUGGUCUUUGUGAAGCAAACAUAUACAUUUUAGAGUCAUGAUAGAUUAAACAUCAGUUAUUAACUUAUGGAGCAAAUCGAAUCAAUUAAAAAAUCUAAUUACCAAUAUCUCCAUUCUGUCUAGAUGCAAUAUGUGUAUUUUCAGACUUUUGUCUUGAUAACUGUUAUAUUUACAGUGGUUUCAAAUCUGCAUGCACAACAGUGAAUGGCUUAAUCAAUUUGUGAAGCCACUGUUGAAUUGUCACUUGCCAAUUAGCUCAGCAUGAUAGACCACAGUCUUUGGUUCUAUUGUUGUGGAUUUUAGCCUCAACUGGUGCAAAAGGAACAUUAUAAUGUCAACUGUCUUGCCUUCCUGUUCUCCUGUUUGUUAUUGCCUUAAUUUGCCAAAAAUCGCCCGGACCCGACCCAUCGCUGCGUAGCAGUUAUAAUUGUGUUUAUUUAGUUUAGUUACACUACUCCCUUCUUCAGGAGGAAAUGACACACAGCAAAGAACUAGCAAGGUGGUCCCUGCAGCAAGGAUAUAACCCCUCUUUCUGGGGCAUCUAAGUGAGCUAUACGACUCACUGGACAAAGGCUUUUGAAAGUUUGUUACAAGUCAGGUGAUCUAGGGAUACAGUUUGAAGUUGUGAGUUCAAGGCCUGGUUGAUGCAGAGUGACCAUGUUAAUGCAUACUGAGGUGAUGUGUGGAUUAGUGACAGACAAUUUAAAAAAUAUGAAACACUUAUUUUACAGACAAUUUUACUCAUGUAUUUGUCUCCUCAUACUUUUCCAUGAUCGGCCUCAUCCCAUGGCUGCUGUACCCUGCUGACUGGCUUAGUCGAGUUGUGAAGCUGCAUAUAAGUUCAUUGAUAGACAACGGUCUUUGAUGUCAGAGGCCAAGCCUUAACUGAUGCAAAAAUCACACUGUAAUGCUGACUUUUAGGCUACUACAUCAGGGUUUGUUGAUGCUGGGAAUCGAACCCUGAUCUCCCAGGGGAAAGGGCAAGGUUUGGUGUGUUAGGCCAGGGAGCUGGCAUGAUGGUGGCUGUCAUGUGUGAGUUAAGAGCUGGUUGCCCCAUGGAUUGCACCACAUGGUCUGGUCUUCCCUGCCUACAAACCAGGUGUGACAUACCAAUAGUGAUUACUGUGAACAGAACAGAACAAAGAAGAACAGGAGAGAGAACAGAAGAAACUUCUGAGAAUCAAGGUGAGCUAAAUAUAAUAUCUUAUUUCAGCAUGCUUGACCCUAGCUGAGGACUUUUAUGGUAAAAGGUGGACUAAGCAUUUGUUUCUUGUUAUGUUUUGUUCGUUUGCUUAUUUGUUUGUUUUCUUGUAGAAAACAAACAAACAAAUUGUAUUGUGGUCAAACAAUACAAUACCUGACAAAGCUCUGCUGAGAGCUGCCAUAACAAAAUAGGUUACAAUAUAUCUGUACAAUUAAUCUUAAAUCAUUCUAAAAAAGUUAUCGUAGUUGUUAUUUUAAUGAAAUAUUAUAGUAUAAAUUGUCAAUGUUAGAAGGAGCUUUAACGUUGUCGGUAGCGGCGUUGCGGUCGCCAUCUAGCUCGUCUUUGGAGGGAUAGGUGGGCUGGUGAGCACCAUGGAUCUAAUACAUCCAUGUUGAGCACACACUAAUGUGCGGGUAGGAGGAGCAGGGAGACUGGGCUUGAGCUUGGUCUCCAACAUAGUGGUAGCAGAAAGAUAACACAAGACGAAGGUUACAGAGAGGAUGAUUCUUCCGUAUUAUAUAACUUUCUAAAAAACAUGUACACCUCAUCUUAAUGGUUACCUCUUACUAUAUUGCUUGUCAUUUUUCUUGAAUGCAUAUAGGCUCAGGAGAGUGAAGAAUGUAGAGAGGAUGAAAGGAGCAUUGAAGCUCAUAUCAAUGAAAUGUCUACAGAGAUGCUUAAGGUACACCCAGAUCUGAACUCUUUAAAGGAGAGAAUGAGACGAACCUAUGCAUACCGAAAGACCUUCAUGGCAACUGCCAAGGCAGAGGAAAUCAUCGAAAAGUUUCCCGCACUGAAGCUUCCUAAAAUACUUCUGUGGGAGAUGAAGGAGCAAUUCCUUGUAGAAGCUGAUCGCAGAAUGGUCACAGAGCUGGUUCGAAUGGCAACGAAGAUGGUUCAAAGAGCAUCUAUGUGUGACUUAAAGGACUGCAGCCAGAGGGCAAUCAAUGCCUGCCUGGAUGAUUCAGUAAGACGAGGACUCAUUAGGGAUGCAGCAAUUCUACUGCUGUCUUCCAUUUUCAGAGAGGACUCAUCCUUUCUAUACACUCUACUGGAGGAGCCAAGCGUGCCUGCUCCAGCAAUCAUGCUCCAUAACACACACGAGGGGAACCCUUUGCAGGCACAAAGGAUAACCCUAUACCUGGAUGGUAUACAGGUUUUGACUGAGGACAGCAGCAUGGACAAAUCAUAUACUAUGAGUGCAUUAAUGUCACUCUAUUUUGUUUUUGCUGUCCAGUACCCAAAGGAACUGAGAAAAACUCAUUUUCAUUGAAAGAUUUGUGUUGGGGAUCAAGGACCACAGUGUUGUACCCAUUUCAGUGAAGAGACUAUACAACUGUGUCGGAAGUGGGGAGUAGUGAAUAGAUGUGUUGCAGCAUGGGAUUUCAUGCUUUAUGUUCUUGUUAAUGGUCAAAUUCCUGCUGCUGCUCUUUGUUUGUACAUAUUGAUGAAAAAAAUAUCCCUUAUUUAAUACAUAUUUUGGACCAAUACAUUUUGUUUGAUUUUGGCAUAGUGACGUCUCUAGAUUUCCAUUAUUGUUACAAUACAUAACAUUUUGAGUACUUAUUCCAUAACACUGAAAAGUAUUUCAACAUUAUUUAAAUCAAUGUGAAAACUUUGUGGGAUUCCCUCACUUUCUCAUGAUUCUGUUCCACCGUCACAAUUAGUAUGUACAGUAUGUACACUGAUUCUUUUCAUUGGACCAUGCAUUAUUUUAUUGUUGGUAGAUGGCUUACAAUAAGGCGCAGUAAAUGCAGUAAGUGCACCUUGGAUUGAUUGAACUAAAACUAUUUUGUGUCUCUUUCUGCCAUGUCACCAUUGCUGGAGAUUUAUUUACACAAAUUCACCUACUGAGGACAGCAUGAUGUGUCUGGCCUGUCAUGUUGCUGAUUCCACUGGACCUAUGCUGACUUUUGACCUGUUCUCCCCUGGGACCUACACAGCCUCUCCUGUUUUGUUGGACUAUCUUUAAAUAAAUGUUUUUCUCA